AUGAUAUCUGAAAUUUCAGAAGUUGCUAAACCUGUUCGCAUUCCACCGGAGUACAUACAUUACGCAGAUAAACACUCUAUUUUUGAUUUAAUUCAGAAAAAGAUAUUAAUGAUGGUAACCGAUUUUUUUAUCAUUGUACAAGUUCCUUCUAUUUUUAUGUUUGGGCCAAGACACGUUGGUAAAAAAAACCUGGCUCGCAUGUUGAAAGGGAAGUUACAAUGUGUUGUGCUCAAUGGAGAGGAGAUAUAUAACCUUUGUACAAAUGGGAGAAACGCCUCACCACAAGAAUUGACUGCUGCCUUAAAGAAACGACUUAAAGAACCAGAUUGUGAAUCAAAAGGCUAUAUUAUUGUUGACUUUCCACGAUUUGAAAGUGAAGCCAAAGCGCUCAGACGUGAAGGAAUAUUUCCCGAAUAUGCCAUAUUCUUGGAAGCACCUUUGCCAUCACUGAUUGAGACAGUUUCAGCAAAAAGAAUCGAUCCGGAAACUGGAGAUCUGUAUAAUUUGAUAUACAAUCCACCUCUUGAUCCGCUAGUCGAACGACGUUUGCAAAAACUUCCAGGAAAUAAAGAAGAUGUUAGAAAAGAAUACGAUGACUAUAAAAGAGAAGUGGUUUUACUAAAGAACAUUUAUUCCAGUGUGGCCUAUGAGUUCAAUGCAGACCAACCAACCACUGAUGUAUACUCUUCUGUUCUAGGGAAAAUAAAUCAACGACAUCGAAGUAUUGCACUGAAAACACCUAGAAUAAUUCUUCUUGGUUAUCCUGGUGCUGGUAAAAAAACUCAAGCAACACUACUGGCUAAGAAAUAUGGAUUAAUAUCAGUGGAUUGUGGACAUCUUGUUCUUCAAGAAAUUGCUAAUCAGUCUUCUAUUGGGAAUAUCAUGAAGACUUAUGUUUAUAAAGGUUUACCAGUUCCAGAUGCAAUAAUCUCAGAAGCAGUAAAAAAUAGACUGAAUCAAAUAGAUUGUGUUACAUAUGGCUGGAUACUUUAUGGUUAUCCUCGUACACGUCAGCAAGCUGAACUUCUGUCAUCCAAUCAAUUAGCACCGAACAGAGUUAUUUUAUUGGAUAUACAUCAGUCAUGUGCAUCAGAAAGACUUUCUGGACGUAGAGUUGAUCCUGUCACUGGCACACGUUUUCAUACAUUAUUUCAACCAGUAGAGGAUGCAGCAAUCAAUCAACGUGCUUUACAACAUCCUAAAGAUCGAGAGUGUACUAUAGGCGCAAAAUUGGCUAGAUUUACUGCUCAUCGUGAUGACCUUAUUGAUUAUUAUGACUCAUGUGUUAUCAGAGUGCAUGCAGAUCGAGAUGUACAUACUGUAUUCGAGGAGAUUGAAGCUGCUAUUGAUCAAAUUGAAAUUCAGAUUAGGAAACCUGACCCAGUCCUUGUCAAAUAUGCUCGAAUACAUCAUUUAUAUGAAAUUUUCGAGGCGUUGUUAUGUGGUCUUAGUGUCAUGUUACCAGAGAAUCCACACAGUUGGAUUGCUGAAAAGCUCCAACUUCUUUAUGAGAUAGGUUACAUCAAUUUGAACUGGGACACAUUUAUUGAUCCAGAUAUGAAACCUUCUCAUCCAUAUGUUGAUCAUGAAUUAAUGAACUCUCUGUUUGGAACUGAAAAAUUAGAAUUCAUUUCACCUGAAGAACUGCAAUACCAACCAACACCAGAAAUGAUAGGAAAGGCUUACGCUGCUCAUAAACAAUCAAUACUAAAGAAAUGUUUCAGCGCUUGGAAAUUGUAUUUUAUUAUUAAACGAGCACGAACAACUUAUAUGUACAAAAUAAACUACAUUGCAGAAAGAAGCUGGAAAAUUAGGAGGCUAAAAAUUAUAUUUCAUGCUUGGCAAGAUUUUGCACACUUUGUGAAAAAUAAACAGAACAUGGCACAAUCUCUAAUAGCUCAUAUUAAAGAAUCCACUAUGGCUAUGUUAUACUUUAAGGCAUGGCGUAAAACUGUAGCUGAAGCACGUAAAACAAGGGAUUACUUUUCGAAAAUGCUUACUGACAGUCAAGAUCUUGGAGAGAAAUCAGAUUCUGAAUCUGAGGAUCAAUUUCUCAGUUUAGGUGGCAAAUUGAAUGAUUCAGAAAAUUAUCGUGAUCGACUAGCUGAAAUGCCUCACACAGUACAGUAUAAGAUUUUCGAAUAUUUGACGCCCAUAGAUUUGGCUCGAGCUGCUUGUGUUUCUCGUUACUGGAUGUCUAUGGUGAAUGAUAUGGAUAGAAGAAAUCGACUAGAUCUAUCAUGUUUCCGUGAAAGACUACCAGAUGAAAUUUUGAUUAAACUAACACGAAAGCGUCGGGCAUAUUUACGACACAUAAAUUUACGCGGUACACACUUACCAUCUAUGAAUUCAUUUCGUGGAUUGGUUAGCUGUGCUAAUUUACAAGAUAUCAAUCUAACUAAAUGCACUGGGAUUACAAAUGAUGCAGUCCGUUUGAUCUCUAAAGAAUGUAGUCUACUUCUCUACUUAAACCUAUCGUAUACAGAAGUAACUGAUGAUGCUGUUCGUCAUUUAGCUACAAAUACAAAGAUGUUACAGUAUCUGAGUUUGGCGUAUUGUACACGAUUGACAGAAGUCUGCUCUACUUAUUUUAAUCAAUUGGAAUGUUUCAAGUCAUUGAAAUAUUUGGAUUUAUCUGGUUGUGUUCCAAUUGGUUCAUCGGGUUUGCAGACAAUCAUAAAAAGUGUGAAACAUGUGGAGAAUUGGCUAUUGAAUGAUAUCCCAUGGAUUUCAGAUAGUGAUCUUAUUGUUUUAGGAUCCAACUGUCCAACAAUACAAACUAUAGAAAUGGUUAACAAUCAAAAUGUAAUCAUAUCAGAUGCAAAACUUGCGCCGAAAUUGUAUAAUCAUCCUGAAAAAUCAGCUCCUGUCAGUGCGAUCGCAACAUCGAAAACCAAACAAAGUCGACCAAUUACAUGCACAGGAUUAAUCUCAAAAUCUUAUGAAAUACCUCAGAGAAAUUCAACAAUUUACUCUGGAGGACUUAUAACAGAUCAAGGUUUAGAAUCAAUAUGUAGUAAAAAUUUGAAGCGAUUCAUGAUUUCUAAUCAGAAUCUAUGCGAUGGAUCCGGACUUCAUGCCCUUGGGUCGAGUGAUAUUUCAUCAAGACGACACUCUAGCUGUAAAAGUAAUCGUACAUCCAGCCGCAGCUCCAAACUGUUUGAAAAUGGAAGUGCUAACUUACAGAGACUAUCUGUGAUAGACUGUCCAAAAAUGUCUGAUUUCCUACUUCAGUAUUUAGUACUUCUGAAGCAUUUAACAAUUUUAAAUCUAACCGGUUGUGAAAAUCUCACAGAUUAUGGCAUAAAAUUGCUAGCUGAUGGAGAAUAUGCAAGUUGUUUACGCGAAUUGUAUUUAACACGUUGUAUUAAGCUAACUGAUAAGGCUAUUCAUUCAAUGAGUGGACGCCUGCCUAAUUUAGCCUACCUGAGUUUGGCGUCAUGUCCAUUAAUCACUGAUGCAGCUUUUGAAUUACUGUGUCAAUUUCAACAACUAUGGCAAAUAAAUUUAAAUUCCACCAAGAUUGGUGAUCGAGGGUUAUCUGCACUUGGUUCGUUACCAAAACUACGUGAACUCAAAGUUUCCAAGUGUACUGCGAUCACAGAUUUAGGAUUACAAAAAUUUGCCCAUCUUGGAAUCAAUUUGGAAUACAUUGACUUAUCAUUUUGUCAUAAUCUGACAAAUAAUGGAAUUAAGACAUUGGCCUUUUGUUGUCGAUAUCUUGUCAGUCUCAGCUUGGCUGGAUGCAUUCAGUUAACAGAUAUUGCAAUACAAUAUGUAUCAGGAGUAUGUCACUAUUUGAGAUUUCUUGAUCUUUGUGGAUGUGAACUGAUCACAGAAACCUCUCUUACUCACCUUCGAAAAGGCUGCAAGAAGCUGAAACAUCUCCGAAUUUUAUACUGCAAGUCAAUUACGAAACACAAAAUGGUUCGUUUAACAACUGGACGAGUUGAGAAAGUUGAAUAUUCAACAGAUAGUCCACCAGACGAUUUUAUCCCGCUUUCAACAAAAGAAAAUGCAUGAAAUGCUCUGCUGAAAACUUCUUCUCAUUAUUUCUCAUAAAUUGUACCAUCUUUUAUUCGCCUAUUUAUGAAACUUUUCGUACAAUGUGCGUCAUAUAUAUGAGAAUUCUGGUUUUUGUUUCCACACAUAGAGCGUGUGUUAUGGGCACU